CGAUUAGGUUUAAUUUUUUCAGGAUGGUGGUUUGAUUUCGUUCUGGUCAUUUGCAAACAAAAUCUCCGACGAGAGAUGGGAGGUCACAACCGUCCCAAUUCUUCAAAAUUCCCUCUCAUCAUCAACCAUCAAACCACCAUCCUCGAGGACCGCAUCGCUAUCCAACGCAGGGAAAUCCAAACCCUCCUUCGGGAUAAUCAACACCUCGCAACCAAUCACCUCGCCCUAAAACAAGAUCUAUCAUUCAUUCAAGAUGAAAUCCGACGAUUAAAGGCUGCCGCCGCUAAUGUCAAGGCGGAGAGGGAUGAUCAGGUGCGGGAGGUCUAUGAAAGAUCGUUGAAAUUGGACUCGGAGGUACGGUCCAUUGAUGCAUUGAGAGGUGAGCUUGCUCAGGUGAGGGCUGAUGUAGAGAAGCUUAGCGUGCACCGUCAGGAACUUGCCACGGAUUUGAGAGUGAUUAGCAGUGAUGUUGCGAAGGCGAAAAUGGAAAAAGAGCAGAUUAUUGAAGUUAAGAAUGAGAUAAAGAUUAUGCAAAUGGAGAUUCAAAGUGGAAGGGCUGCCAUUGAAUAUGAGAAAAAGCUCUAUGCUAGUAAUCUGGAGCAUGGUCAGAAGAUGGAGCAAAAUAUGGUUGCUAUAGCUCGUGAAAUCGAAAAUCUCCAUGUUGAACUGGCUAAUGCAGGGAAAAGAGCAAGCACAGAAGGUCCUGGUUAUGCUGGAAGCUACAACAAUCCUGAACUUCUACAUGGUGGAAAUGGUGUGCCCUAAUCAACAUGCCAUCCAGUAGGUGCAAGAUGGCAGUGAUGCUGGUCCCUUCUUUGUGCCUGGAUGAGAUGCCUAACUGUCAGCUCAAUGAAAGUGUACAUAUAGAUAGAGGCUGCGGAGUUAUGUGAUCUGGAUGAAAUGGAUGCAGCUGGAAAUGCAAGGUUGCUCAAAUUCUUCCUCUUGUUGUGAUCCUAGAGAAAUGGUACCCUUCUUUCAGUUUAACAAUUCACCAUUUUGACAAGUAUUGAUAGAAUUACGUGUUAGAGCAUUGGUACAUAUUUCCUAGAGACGGGGACUUAAAUUUUAGUUUCUAGUGAACAUAAAUAAUAAUGACAUUAAAACAUCAUAUUAGUUAGCACCA